UGCAGAGAAAGAACCACAACAAUGCUAUGGCUGUCCGCUUCUGAAGCUUCGAUACAGUGUUUCAAACACCAAUCAGCGGCCCUGACACCUUAUCUCAGCUGGAAGCGAUGAAUCUUUUGUAAGCAUUUCUAGUGCACUUUUGCUGUUGAGUGAGAACAUGGAGUCAUCCAGGAAGAGAGGUCGUUCUGACAUGUGGGCACACUUUAAACUGAUCGCUCCUGAUAAGGUGCAGUGCUCGUUGUGUUUAGGUGAGUUGAAGUAUCAUGGGAAUACUUCAUCCAUGAUUAGGCACUUCUCUACCCUGCAUGGAGCCACGGUUAACCAUGGGAACACAAACCAAGUAGAUCAGAAGCCAGAUGUAGACAAGGCUCUUGUGAAGAUGCUGGUGAAAGACUCGCAACCUUCUUCCAUUGUGGACUCAUUGCCUUUGCAUGACAGUGGGGGUCAACCCAGGAAGAAAGGUCGCUCUGAUAUGUGGGAAUACUUUAAACUGGUCAAGCCUGAUAAGGUCCAGUGUUUGGUGUGUUCAGCUGAGUUGAAAUAUCACGGAAGUACUUCCUCCAUGAUUAGGCAUUAUACUGCGAAGCAUGGAGCUGUGGUUAACCAGGGGAAGGCAAAUAAAGGGGACCGGAAGCGAGAGCUAGAUGAGGCUCUUGUGAACAUGCUAGUGAAGGAUUCGCAGCCUUUUUCCAUUGUUGAUGACUGUGGCUUCAAGGAGUUUGUGGCGUUGCUUGAUCCCACAUAUACUCUUCCAUCCAAACAGACUCUAAAGGACAUGGUGAUACAGAGAUACAAGGGCCAGAUGUCCAAGAUCAAAGCUCACAUAGAAGAUGGAGACUCUGACCUUGACUGCUGAUAUAUGGAUCACCGUCUAUAUGUUUCCUGUCGUUAUGUGGAUGAAACUACCAGGCGUCCCACAAUGCAUUUGGAAGUGGCAUAUUUGCCUGAAGCACUCACUGGUGGUAGGAUCGCUGCUGACACAAGAUCUCUCAUGAAAGAAUGAGAUAUUGAAGGAAAGGUGGCCUUAUUAAUAUGGUUGCCUGAUAGAAGUUUAAAUCUGAGAUGUACACUUAGCUUUGUCCUUUCGUUAGUUUUAGUGGUGAGGAAUUCUCUUGAUGCAUCUGAUCUGGGGGGCUUUGCACAAGAGCACAAAAGCCAGUCACAUUCUUUCAAACCAGCUCAAUGGGAAAAGAUAAGCUCAAAGAAGUGUAGGAGUCGAUAAAUUUUGAGGCGAUAAAGGUAAUUUUAGAGGUGGAAGCAGGCUGGGACCAAACCUUGUUCAUAAAUUCAGAGAGAGGCAGCCGGUGGGGACAACUUUUGUUGAGCUGAAAACAGACUCUGGACAGUAACUGUCCAAAGUGAAGACGGUUUCAUGGCUAAAGAGUUUCCCAAUGACAAAAAUGUAUGUGAUACUUGUAAGAAGCAUUUGGGAAAAAAAUAAAUUACAAUGCAGCUGAACUUUA